GCACCUGCCUGGAGUCACAAGGGUGUUUCCUGUCCAACCUGAGCGUCUCCUUCAAGCCACCUCAGCCCCUCAAAAUCUUUCCUUCUGGGCCUUUCCCAGAAAUAAAUUCCCGCAAGAAAGUAUAAAAGACCAGCUCCUCAGAGCACAGCAACUCUCCUGGCUGCCACAGGAGGCCAAGGCACUGGCAGUGAUGAGGGUCCUUCUCUGGCUCCCAGCCUUCCUGACUUUCCUGAUCUUGCUCCAGGCUGCAGCAUCUAACACAAGUGCUCAGUUCAACAGCACUGCUUCCAUCUCUGAUGCUGUGAGUCAGGUCAAGGUCCAAGUCAACAAGGCCUUCCUGGAUUCCCGAACCAGGCUGAAGUCCUCCCUGAGCUCUGAGACUCCCACCACCCGACAUCUCUCACAGUACCUCAAGCAAGCCAAAGGCCGAACCCGAGUAGCUAUUCGCAGUGGGCAGGUGUGGGAGGAGUCCUUAAAGAGACUGAGACAGGAGUCGUCCUUGACCAACGUCACAGGCUCCAGCCUGAAUUUGACUUUGCUCUCUUGGGAGGUGGGCUGUGAAGCCCCUGCUCCUGUAGAGAAAUGCGACAUGGACAGUCCUUACCGCACCAUCACGGGAGACUGUAACAACAGGAGGAAGCCAGCGCUGGGCGCCGCCAACAGGGCUCUGGCUCGCUGGCUGCCCGCCGAGUACCAGGACGGGCUUUCCCUGCCCUACGGGUGGACGCCGGGGAGGACGCGGAACGGCUUCCUGCUCCCGCUGGCCCGGGAGGUAUCCAAUCAGAUUGCUGGUUAUCUGAACGAGGAUGGUGUUCUGGACCAAAACAGGUCCCUGCUCUUCAUGCAGUGGGGUCAAGUUGUGGACCACGAUCUGGACUUUGCCCCUGAUACAGAGAUGGGGAGUAGCGAGUACUCCAAAACCCAGUGUGAUGAGUACUGUAUCCAGGGAGACAACUGCUUCCCCAUCAUGUUCCCACCCAAUGACCCCAAGUUGGAGACUCAAGGGAAGUGCAUGCCUUUCUUCCGAGCCGGGUUCAUCUGCCCCACUCCGCCCUACCAGUCACUAGCCCGAGAGCAAAUCAAUGCUCUAACCUCCUUUCUGGAUGCCAGCUUCGUGUAUGGCUCUGAGCCAAGCCUGGCCAGUAAUCUGCGCAACCUCAGUAGCCCCGUGGGCCUCAUGGUUGUCAACGAGGAGUUCUCAGACCACGGGCUACCCUACCUGCCCUUUGUCACCAAGAAGCCUAGCCCCUGCGAGUUAAUCAACAAGACAGCCGGCGUGCCCUGCUUCCUGGCAGGAGAUGCCCGAGCCUCAGAGCAGAUCCUGCUGGCCACUUCCCAUACCCUGUUUCUUCGAGAGCACAACCGGCUGGCCAGGGAACUGAAGACACUCAACCCUCAAUGGGAUGGAGAGAAGCUGUACCAGGAAGCCCGAAAAAUCCUGGGAGCCUUCAUGCAGAUUAUCACCUUUAGGGACUACCUACCCAUCGUGUUAGGUGCUGAGAUGCAGAAGUGGAUCCCCCCAUACCAAGGCUACAAUGAAUCUGUAGAUCCCCGAAUUUCCAACGUCUUUACAUUUGCGUUCCGCUUUGGUCAUUUGGAGAUCCCCCCUACUGUGUCCCGCCUGGAUGAGAAUUAUCAGCCAUGGGGUCCAGAACCGGAACUCCCCCUGCACACGCUCUUCUUCAACACCUGGAGGAUGGUCAAAGAUGGUGGAAUUGAUCCUCUGGUUCGGGGCCUGCUGGCCAAGAAGGCCAAGUUGAUGAAUCAGAAUAAAAUGAUGACAGGAGAAGUACGCAACAAGCUCUUCCAGCCGACACACACCAUCCAUGGCUUCGACCUGGCUGCCAUCAACAUCCAGCGCUGCCGGGACCACGGGCAGCCUGGGUACAACUCCUGGAGAGGCUAUUGUGACCUCUCACAGCCACGGACGCUAGAGGAGCUGAGUGCUGUGCUGAGGAACGAGAGGCUGGCCAGAAGCUUACUAGAUCUCUACAAGACCCCUGACAACAUCGACAUCUGGAUAGGGGCCAUUGCUGAGCCCCUGGUAGAAGGAGGCCGAGUGGGGCCUCUCCUGGCCUGCCUCCUGGGCCAGCAGUUCCAGCGGAUCCGCGAUGGAGACAGGUUCUGGUGGGAAAACCCUGGGGUCUUCACAGAGAAGCAGCAAGACUCUCUGCGAAAAAUGUCCUUCUCACGCCUUGUCUGUGACAACACUCACAUCACCACAGUCCCACCGAACCCAUUCCAGGCCAACAGCUACCCCCAAGACUUUGUAAACUGCUCAGCCAUUGAUACGCUGGACCUCUCACCCUGGGCCUCAGUGGAGAAUUAGGUGCCCCGGGGCCAUGGCCUCCCGCAUUGCCCAGUAACUCUCCCGUUGGCCCAUGUUGCCAUUUCAAGCAAGUUCAAUGUCCUGGGCCCUUAGAACUCCUCACCCCAGUCCCUGCCCUUUCCUUUAGCCAGGCCUCUCUUGCAGAUGAAUAGCUCACUCAAGCCCAAGGGCGCCAUUUCAGCCUCCGGAGCUCAUCCACUUGGCUCCCACCACUUCCACGCCCAUUCCCUCAGCCCCAGGAAAUUGUCUUUCUAUCAAGACUCAGACCCCCAUGAUGGCCUGCCAGUCCAGCUUGCCUGAUGUCACCCAUCCUCUCCCCUGAACAAUCAUUGCUGGGGCUGGGGCUGGGGCCUUGGACUCUGAUCCUUCCUCCUUCCUCCCAGACUAGAUUGUGA